UCUGCCGGAGUCACAGCCGAGGGAGCGGCUGCGGCCGCUGCCACUGAGGAAUCACGUGAGCCCCAGUCUUGUGACCGGCUGAGCGCAGCCACCGCCUCCCCGGGCAAGAGUUUGUACGCUGGGGCUUUCCUGGCAGGUGGGGAGCUGCCAGGGCGAAUCCGAAGUAGCCCCCACCGCGCGCUUUCCUGGCCACCGCUCCUCCGUCCGUCCAUGCCCAGGGUGUAAAGGCAAGCUGCUGUUGUAGCUGUCGGCUAGGUGGACAAACGGGGGAGGCAGUCCUCCUUUGGACUCGGAGCCUGCUGUGCGCUUUUUGUCCUUCCCCGGCUUGGAAAGUUGCAUUCUCCUCGCUCUCUUCUUCCUCCGCCUUGUGGGUGCUUCUUGCUGCUGACCCCCCUGCUGUGGGGCUGGAAGACGCGGGAAGGAGGAGCCGCCGCCGCCGCCCGGUAGGAGAAUCAUGGACAGCAAGCCUCUUCUCCAGGACAGACCCCCAGCGUACAGCCCCACCGGCCAAGCGGGCGCUGGCUUCGAGUGUGGACCGAACAGCUACGGGUCCAUCCCGGCGCCCCAACACGGCUUCCAUCCUCCUCUGCCCUACACGUACCCCACCGGUCCUGCCGCGGGAUAUGCUCUUCCUCCAGGUCCACUGCCACAUAACUAUCCCAACACCACGUACACGAUAAUCCAGCAGCCUCCCACCACGUCUGUUGUAGUUGUCGGCGGCUGCCCAGCUUGCAGUCACAUCACCUGGCAACCCAGUGGAACCUACACUGGCAAAAAGCGUAAUAGUUGGUGUAUUGGAAGACACUUUCACCUGUCUUGGUGUGCUUUGUGCCAUUGUAUUUUUUCCUAUUGGAAUUCUCUUCUGUCUUGCACUGAGGCAACGAAGAUGUCCUAAUUGUGGUGCAACAUUUGGUUAAGGGGAUCAGCACAAAUGGGAUUUUUGGAAGCUAUAACUAUUGUAGUACCUUUUUUCUAAUGUAAAUGUAAUGUACAAUCAGAUUUAUGCUUCAGAGUUGAUUUUGUGAAAGUGUGAUAAAAUUAGUCUCUCUUCUCUUUUUUGCAUGCAAAACUGAUCUAUGAGCAUGUUUGUUUGUAAGACGCAAAUCCCACCUGAUUUUGUCUUUUAAAGUGCACCUUUUGGAAAUUUAAAUAAAAGAGGUUUUUGCAACAUGA